AUGGACUUUCUAUCUAAGCUAAGGGGAUCAACUGAAAUCAAAGCAAUUCUCAACAGUGAUGGCCACUGUUCCAUUCCAAGAAUAGUGGAAGAUUAUGAAGCAGUUGUUGGGAUAACAGCCAUCACUGAUACCAGAAAGGAGGGGCCUUCAUCACUUCACACGUUGCCAUUUAUUAACUCCUUGAGGGAAGUGUCCUCUCAACUGCAAACAUUUCAGGCCUCUCCUGAGACUCCAGAUGGAACAGCCUGUGGUUCAGCGCUGAAUGCUGCCCGUCAAAUUUUGUAUUGGUCGUCUGUUUUAUUUCAAUGA